AUGGUGCGCACAGCCACAACAGCAGUGAAGGUUGGGACCCCGGGCCCUGCUGGCAGAAGCAGUCCAGAGGGAUCUCAGGUGCUCAGUAAGAAGAAGCUGCAGGACCUGGUGAGAGAGAUCGAUCCGAAUGAGCAGCUGGAUGAGGAUGUUGAGGAGAUGCUGCUACAAAUUGCAGACGACUUUAUAGAGAGUGUAGUGACAGCAGCCUGUCAACUGGCUCGCCAUCGCAAGUCCAACACCCUGGAGGUGAAGGAUGUUCAAUUACAUCUCGAGCGCCAGUGGAACAUGUGGAUUCCUGGUUACGGCUCGGAUGAGAUCCGGCCGUUCAAGAAGGCUUGCACCACAGAGGCUCACAAACAGAGAAUGGCGCUGAUUCGCAAGACAACCAAAAAGUAGCAAGACUGGACGCCGAUGUGUUGUACCCACUCUGUGUGUUGUCGUCUUUUUGUUUUGUUCCUUUUCAGUUUGGUUUUUUUGGAGUAAUGAGGAAAAAAAGAUAUUGUUUGGGUGGCGUUUUUUAUUUAGUUUUUUAUUAGGCUUUAGAUAGUUUCAUUGUCAUGUCUCCCUAACUUUUGAGUGUUUUGCCAGCAUCAUCACACAAUGUAAUUCUUGUCUCUGAUUCUGUUUUGUUGCCAUUAAGCUAAGCCUGGCAGAAAUCAAGUCAUUGCAUUUUUGUCAAUAAAAAUUUACUGGAAUACUU